ACUCUCUCCCUCUAUUUCCUCCUCAGAUCAAGACUCAAGAGUGUACAAUUUUUCAACCAACAAACGUGGCUUACCAAACCUAUGUUGGUACCUCCAUUAUGUUAUGCCAUUACCUUAACUUGGUGUUUUACUUAGUUUAGUUAGUUUUUUCUUUCUCUUUGUUCCUUAACUCUACCUACAAUUCUGUCUAAUGUCCUCUUCCUAUACAGUUACAUUUUUUUAUAUAUACAUAGUUUGAAAGAUUACAAAACUAUUGCAUAAAAUCUAUAAAUUAUAUUAUAAUCAUCACAUCUGUUAUUUGUGUUUUGAUCUUUUGUUUCCCACUUUCCCACCACUCACAAUCUUCUCCUCUCCAUCCUCUCAAGUGGGUUCAUUAGCACUCCUCAUUCCAUUUUUUAGUUUUGCUGUCUGAAAAUCAGGAUGCUAUUCUUGUAAUGCUUAGUUUCUAGUUGAAGGAAGAUUAGGGUUAAAAAAGGGUUUUUCAGCCACUAGGAUAUUGUGGUGUGAUAGAGGAAGAAGAUGGAAAAUACACUGAGUUGGGUUCAAAAAAGGUGUCAAGGUAAAAGAGAUUCAUUAUAUGAAGCAUCUGAGUCAAAAAAGUUGGCUAAAAGAAGAAGUUCUCAGCAAGCCGUGUCUGAAAACACUAUCCAAUCACAAAAUAGUGUUUUCCCAAAGCAUUUAUUCUUUCUACUUGUUCAUGGACACUACAAGAUUCCAAAGUUUCUGGCAAGUGCAGAUGAGAUGUAUCUUCGUCGCUGUCUGGAAUCUGUGCACAAUAGUGCAUUGAAAGCUUCUUCUCAGCACAACAAACCGGUGAGCACAUCCUUAGAAACCAAAAACUUGUGGACUUCAGCAGAAAGAGCUGGUUCCGAUCAGUUAGUCUUAGCACAUCCUGUAGCUUCCAUGACUGAGAGUUUAGUUGAUAGUACUGAUGCAGCAGAGAAUUGGACUUUAGGCACUGUAAUGGGGACUAAGAGUAUGAUCAAUAUACUGAAUAGUCCUUUACUUCAGCAGUUUAGUGCUUCAGAAAAAAAUGAAAAAUUGAACAACAUGAACUUGACUGAUUCUAAAAAUAUGAUAUGCUAUGAUUUUGUGGAUUCUCCAAGUGGCUUUAGUAUCUCUUCUAAUAGAAAGGUAAUGGAAACACCAAUGGUGCAAAGUCAUGAGUAUGGUUCCAUUUCAGUUAAUAAAAGAAGCACUUCCAAGAAUAACUCUGCUUGUUUUGAUUGGAUGAUGUCUUCAGCUGCUUCUAACGUGUCUCAAGGAAUGCUUCAGUGCACUUGGAAGCAAGGUGUUCCUUAUUUUGUUUUUUCUGCAGAUGAUCAGAAUGAGGUCUAUGUAGCCAAAUUGAGCAAGGUAGACACAACACAUGAUGAGGAUUUGGACUAUGUGUACCUGUUUCACUUGAACAAGGAAAGCCAGAAGGGCCGCGAGUUUCCUGAGGGAAAUUUGCAACUUGUUGGUAAGAUGAAUGUAUCAACCUGUCUCACCCUCUGCCCUGAAAAUCUUAGAGUGAUGGAGACAAGGUUUAUAUUAUUUGGUGAUGGUAAAAUUUGUGACAGAGAAAUGUUCACUUCAAGCCAUUCUCAAGUAAAGAACAAGGGCAUGGCUAAGAAAGCAUCACGAGUGUUAAGAACUAGUCCAUCACCUAUACACAGAACACUCUCAAGGUUCAGUAGAUCAAAAACCGUGAGAGGAAGUUGUGCAUUGGAUCAACAAUCAUGUGGUCUAGAUGAGAACAUUUUAUUAGCAUCUAAUGUUCCACCAAAUUUUGAGUUGGCUGCCAUUGUGGUCAAAGACCAUCUUCCCUCUAAAAGUGUGGACAAAGUAGGAGGCUGGGGUAUGAAAUUUCUCAACAAAUCUGGUGUGAAUCAAACUACAUUGCCUUCUGAAAGUUGUAAUCGAAAUUGUGGGGCUUCCUUAACAAGCACAAGCAUCAUCAUUCCAGCAGGCCUUCAUGGAGGACCUAGAACCAGACAUAGUGGUCCCUCUAGUCUCAUUGAUAGAUGGAAAUCUGGUGGGUGCUGUGACUGUGGUGGCUGGGAUGAGGGAUGUCCCCUAACAGUACUUCAGAGAAGAUCUACCAAUGAGAACCUUCUGUCUCAUGAUAUGCAAGGAGAACGCAAGUCUAUUGAAUUAGUUACUCAGGAUUCAAGCAAUUCCAGCCCCUCCUUGAGGAUGGUUAAUAUUCAUAAUGGAUUAUAUUUCAUUCAUUUUCAAUCACCCUUGUCUGCACUACAAUCUUUCUCAGUAGCAGUGGCUAUUAUUCACAGGCAGAGUCAUACUCUUCAUCCUAAAUGAUGCAUGGGAAUUGUGACAACAGAAAAAACAAAGUUAAGGUUAUUUAGCAGGAUGAUCAUCCUCUAACUAGGUGUGCAUAUAUCAGGCAGUUGAUGAGAACAUUUAGGUGAACACAUGAAUCAGGUUUUCAUUGCAUUGUUUUAUGAUUGUUGUUUGUCAUAGUUAAGUAGUUCUCUUUGUCCUUUUUACUGAAUUCUUGUAACCAUAUUUUUUUCCCCUGUUCUUUUUGCUGAAGGGGGUGGAAUGUAAAAGCUUUUUGAUGGAGAAAAUUUGGCAAAUCCUAGUAUUGAUUGGAUUUGUUAUAUUUGCUGUAAGAGGAUAUUGUCAUUAGUCCUUAACCUGAUGAAUAAUUGUUUGAAGAUAGCCAUUGAAAUACAUUAGAGAUGUUCAAUUUCUGUUAGUCAAAUAUGGUAGUUCCAAUUUUCUGAAAAGUAUCUGAUCAAGUUGACCCACAUUACAUCAAUUAGAUUACUAUGAUUAGGAUCUCUCUAGCAUGUGAUUAACUCUGCCAUUGUCACCUAACUUCUACUUGCUAAAGUUGACCAAAUGUGAAAAGGAGAUAGCAAGAAUG